AUAUAAGUCCCGCUGACAUGCUUGUGUUUAAUGGUCAGCGAUGUGUGCGGCCAGGACAUGCAAGUGCCUUGCGGCCUGUCACCAGGAGCUUCUGCGUCACUGGCUCUUGGUGUUGCGCAAGGUGUGCCGUGCCGUGCCGCGCAGUCACACCACCCCGGCGCUGGCGGGCCACUUCGUGGGGCCCUCGAUGCUGUGGCGGCCCGGCGCCCACUUCGUCGAGUACCCGGAGGACAGGGAGCACGCAGCGCUCGCCACAGUGGUCCGCUGCCUCAUUCUCUUCCUGGAUGACGUAUGGAACAACGGCGAUGAGAAGGCAAUAUUCCUGGCCCGCGAGUCGGCCGUAGCCGCGACGCCGUUCGCGAUGCGCUCCGCGUCGCAGUUCGUCGACAGCCUCGAGAGAGAGUCCAGGCGCCAGGCAGAGCUCCGCAACAUGAUCGAGGAGCCGAAGGCGCGGUGCGGCCGCUCCGUGCACACGUGGCCCGGCCGGCGCUCAUCGGCCAGCGUCUCCAAGGUGGCCACGUUUCCGCGCUGUGCGCACUUGGACGAAACGGGCUUCCCGUCGCUGCGUGACGAGGAGUACUUGUACCCCGACUGGGCCUUUCAGUAUCCGGAGUGGAACCUAUCCGGCACAGAGCUGCCAACGUGGGCCGGCCGUUCCCAUUUUACCAUGGACCUGAACAGUCUGCAUGACCAGACCACGCGCAAGUGGAUACGCAUAAACACGGCCCUCUACAACCGGACGCUCAAUCUUCCUACGCUUGAAGCUCCGCCUGCGCACGGCACUCUCUCGGGAACCAGGUUCUGA